AACGGUCUCGUACGAGGCGCGACCACUGCCGAGGGCCACGUUGUCAUGGUCCGCAUGGUGGCCAUAGGCGACGAAGGGAAGACGCAUAUGGAUAUCCUGCGUAGCAUCGCUCAAGGUGUUAUCAGCUUGCGCACGGACAACCACUCCGUUCCUCUGUGGCAAGAGGUGCAUCUCGAGGACAUCGUGUUCGCUGUGAGCCCAUUUGUCGGCGCCACCGUAGCCCACAGCUACGCUCUUCAUGUCAAGAACUCCGUCGGAGAUAUAGUCGAUAUGAUACUGCAAUGUUUAGAGGCCUUAGCCUUCAUCCAUAGCAUCGGUAUAGCACACAGGGACACAGACAAGUCGAAUUUCCUCGUCCAGUGGCACCCUGAAUCUCUUGCCACGAUGCGCGUGCCACUGUCACGCCCACGGGUGUACUUGAACGACUUCGAGCACGCUUUCAAGCACUCGCCAGGGACUACGUCCACAUCGGUCACGAUUCCUGGCCCGUAUCUGCGCCCUAUUGCGCCCGAAAUGCGUUCUGGGGAGCCGUACGAGCCUUUCAAGCCGGAUGUGUGGCAGCUCGUGAACGGUUUCUCUGACUUUCAGUCCACAAUCCCCGCGAUCGAAGACGUACUCGAAGCCAUGACAGAGCCCGAAGCCUCGAAACGCCCCAGCGCAGCGGAGGCCCGGGAUCAGUUGGCCAAGGUGAUCAACAGCAUGCUGCCCGAGACACUGUUGAUCGCGCCGAUCGUCACCACCUUCGAUUGA